AUGCAAGGAGCGAAGGCGACGGCCUCGGCGGCGGCGGCGGCGACCGACGAUGACGACGAGAGGAGGGAGGUGCGGAGGGCGGUGGAGGAGAAGCCGGUGGUGGUGGUGGGGCGGCGCGGGUGCUGCAUGGCGCACGUCGCGCGGCGGCUGCUGCUGGGGCAGGGCGCGAACCCGGCGGUGCUCGAGGUCGGCGACGACGUCGACCCGGCGGCCCUCGUCGACGUCGCGCCGCAGGCUCGGCGGCGCAAGGACGGCGGCAAGGCGGGAGACGACGACGGCGGCGCGGCGGCCCUGCCGGCGGUGUUCAUCGGGGGUAGGCUGGUGGGCGGGCUCGACCGGCUCAUGGCCAUGCACAUCGCCGGCGAGCUCGUGCCGGUCUUGAAGCAGGCUGGAGCCCUGUGGCUCUGAGUUCUUCCGUUGUUCGUCAUUAGUGUUGAUGUUUCGAUAAUGCAAGCUUACUCAUAGGAUUAAACAAAUGCAUGUCCCUUUCGAUCUUUGGUAACUGUAGAUGUACUGUUGUGUUCACCAUCGAGAAUUCGAGAUAUCUGUAUCUUCAUCGACCGCUGUAUGCCGGUCAUCUGGAAACUAUUAUGAAAAUCCUUUCAAGUUCGAAACUGAAGAGAAA